AUGAAGCUCGAAGAAGAGCGUGGGGAGAAUGGGUGCCUUGUAGGUAGGAGCCAGCUGUGCCAGGAUGAGAAGCAUCAGGUAAAUGGAAAGCCAUUAGCAAAAGGGGAAGUUGAGGUCUAUGCAAAGCAGGAGGCAGAUGGAAAGAGCGACGUGUCCAGGAAAAGCCUCAACAUGUACACCUGGCAAGAGAUCCAGAAACACAAUCAGGAGACCGACCAGUGGCUGGUAAUCAAUCGCAAGGUUUACAAUGUCACUGGCUGGGCAGACAGGCAUCCGGGUGGGCGCCGGAUCCUCAACCACUACGCUGGAGAAGAUGCCACGGAUGUCUUCAGGGCCAUGCACCUCGAGCUCGACAUUGUCCAUUUAUACCUGAAGCCAUUGCUCAUUGGAGAGCUUGCCCCAGGAGAACCCAGCCAGGAGAGAAACAAAAACUCCCAGUUGGUGAAAGAUUUUCAAGAACUGCGGAGGACAUUAGAGGUUAUGCACAUGUUUAAUGCCAACCUGGGCUUCUUCUUCCUUCACCUCACCCAGAUCUUAGUGUUGGAAGUCCUAGCUUGGCUAAUACUAUGUCGUUUUGGCAGUGGCUGGCUUGUUACAAUAUUCAUUUCCUUUAUUCUCACAAUUUCUCAGGCUCAGAGUUCAUUUUUGCAGCAUGACACAGGACACCUUUCCAUAUUUAAGAAGUCCAAGUGGAACCAUCUGAUGCACAAAUUUGUGAUGUGCCACCUCAAGGGCCUGUCAGCAAACUGGUGGAAUAACCGGCACUUCCAACAUCAUGUAAAACCGAACAUCUACCCCAAAGACCCGGAUAUCGACGUGGGCCCACUUUUUCUGCUUGGAGAUUUGCAACCUGUUAAGUAUGGCAAGAAGAAAAUCAAAUACAUCGACUAUGAAAAGCAGCACCUGUACUUCUACAUGGUUGGGCUCCCCUUACUCAUGCCUGUAUAUUUUAACCUGCAAUCCAUGCAAGUAAUGUACCUUCGAAGAUAUUGGGGGGUAAGGCAUCUAAAUUUCAAAUGCUUUUCUCUGCAGGACAUUGCCUGGGUUAGCAGCUUUUACAUCCGAUAUUUCAUCACAUUUGGUCCUUUCUAUGGAAUCUUCGGAACUGUGUUGCUCAUAUAUUUGGUCAAGUUUCUUGAAAGUCCCUGGAUUGCCUACGUUACCCAGAUGAGCCACAUACCAAUGAAAAUGAGCAAAGAAGAGAACAGGGACUGGCUCAGCACUCAGGUCUUGGCCACCUGUAAUAUUGAACAGUCCUUUUUCAAUGAUUGGUUCACUGGGCACUUGAACUUCCAAAUCGAGCACCACCUUUUUCCCACAAUGCCACGCCAUAAUUAUCACAAAGUGGCGCCUCUGGUGAGAUCACUGUGUGCCAAGUAUGGAUUGCAGUAUGUGAAUAAGCCCAUGUUGAAGGCAUUUGGAGAUAUUGUCAGGGCCUUGAAGAAAUCUGCAACCCUCUGGAUGGAAGCUUACUAUGAAACAUGAUACAGAAUGUCAGCCUUGACACACAUGUAAUUGCAUCUCUGAAGAGGGUUGGUGGAUGUGCAGGAGCUCUUCCCUGCUUAACUGGGAAUUACUGAUCAACAUUGGCAUAUCUGAGUGUGCCACAAAUGUGAAUCCCAAGCAUACAUGAUAAUCCCUUCCCUAAAGGUCUUCUCUGCAGAUAAGAAGCCAAGAAACACAAGAUGACAUUGGCUAGGUGACAAAGGGGAAGUGGGAGCCCAAUAGUUUUGUUUUCUCAGUAGGAUCUUGAGCUUAGUCCUCCCAAUAGACCUUAGCCGUAUCAUCUCAGUCGAGGGCUCUAAGUACAAGAAACAGGUUAAAGUUUUACAGAUGGACCCAGGAAGAAGUGAACCAAAGGAGAGACAUCUAAUGGGAUUCUUUGCUUUUAGAAGAGAAAUAUGUAUUUAAGAAGUUCUUGUUAAGGCA